AUGUUUACCAACACCGGCAACUCACUCUCCCGUUCUAAUGUGCCUUUCCCAACGGCUAGCACAAGCCAAAACUCCAUGGCAGGCAGCGGUCGUCCCACUGCUAGCCCCCGGCAAAGAAGGGCGGCUAGAUGCUCCUCGUCGGCCCGGAUCCCUUCCCGACUUUCCCAAUCCAUUGUAUUUGACCGGGACGGCAAUGCGCAAGACGGCCCGAUGAGCGAUGCCCACCGCGCACCCGCGCUUCCGACCGUAACUCACUACGGCAACCCGAUGUUGGGAGCGCACGGCAGGAACGCGGACUCCUCGGACAGAGGCAUCCAAGUCUAUUCCGAGACGGCUUCUCCUCUUGCCCAGCCACCUUCCCCUCCUCAUUCUCCGGAGCUCCCCUCGCAGCCCCCCUCAACCCCCACCUCUCCCUCCUUCUAUCUCUACUCCCGUCCCUUCCACCCAAACCCCCCUGGACCUCACAUGCGUUCUCCCCCCGAGCUCUACCUCUCUCCCCCCUCUACCCCGCCCUCCUCUUCGGCCUCGUCCGACUCUGACUCCGAGGAGUCACCUGAAGAAACUCCCUCCCCCCCGUCCGACAUCCCGCCUUCUCUCUUACCCGCUCCCAGGUCUGCGGCAGCGCCUGUCGCCGGUCCCAGCCGCCUGUCUGCGGCAGCGCCUCUAGCCAGCUCCGGCCAACGGUCAUACCCUCGGCUAGAGGCGCUUUUUCGCGUAAGGGACGCACCCGACGAGGCCGAUGUGCCGGCAAUCCGCGACACCAAUGUUCGGUCAAGGGAGGGGUCCGUCGAUUCCACUUCCGCCCCCUCAACGGUGUUCCUUUCCCCGGCCUCCUCACCCGGGACAUCGCGAUUCGACCCCCGAUCCAUCUUCCGGCCUGCUCAACCUGCCGCCAAACCUCGAGUCGCUCCGCGUGGGCUUCCAUCUGUCCGGGCAUUCGUGCCAGCCAGCCAGACUCGCUCGGCACCGGCCGUCUCAUCCGCGGGGCCAUUCUCAGCCCGGAUAGCCGCUGCUGCUGAACGUCGAGUCACUUCUCGUGGGCUUCCAUCCGUCCGGGACUUCGUGCCAGCCAACCCUCCUGCGCCCUCGGCAUCCUCACGGCCAUCUCAACCGGCCAACACAUCCGCGGGGCCAGGCACAUUCCAGGUGGAGCUUCCUGAAUCCCGACAGCCAGUGGAAACUUCCGUUCUUUUGUCGGGGGCUCAACCGGGCUCAGCAGGAGCAAGUUCGCUGUACGACUUUCUCUUGCAGCCUCUGGCCAACAGACCGGCUGCAACCUUCACCACCUCUGUGAGGGCUCCAUCGGCCCUGCCAGGACGUCGAUCCCGGCCUGCUCGUUUGAGUGUCCGCUUCGACUUGCCUCCUGGCUCGGGUCGAUCACCGGCUGGCACGAGCCGAUUGCAGGCUACCUUGAACCGAAUUGAGGCUAGCUAUCGUCGAAUACAGGCUAACUCUCGUGUCCUACAAGCUAACUCACGCCGCUCAUUCCCUCCAUCUCUGGCCCUGUCAGCGGUAUCGACGACCUCAACCGCGGGAUCACCUCCUCGCCGCCACAUCUCCUUCCCUGAGUCGGCAUCGACAUACCUCCCCGAAGUGCCGCAGCGUGCCCCCGACUUCCCCCCUCCGACAUCUCCCAUGGUAUCCCCCAAUGCACCUCCCCGCUACUCGCUAGUGUCUCGCCAAGGGAGAACGUCACCGCGGGUGUCCCUGACCUUAAGUCAGUCGGCAGCAAGGUCUUUGCCUCUGGUCCGUGCCGCUUCCCCCUCCCCCUCCCCACUUCCCUCAAGUCAGUCGGCAUCACUGUCUCUGCCCCCGGCUCGCGCGCCUUCCCCUUCCCCACCGCCCUCGCCAUUGGCGCAUCGCUCUCCUUCGAUCUCACCGGCACGCACCCUCGUGCAUUCUCUGUCGCUCUCGCCAAUUUCUUUGGCCCCCUCUCCACCCCCUUCCCCGGCACGCACCGCCGUGCCUUCUCCACCGGUUUCCCCGGCACGCCCCCUCGUCCGCUCUCCAACUGCUUCCCCGGUACGCGCCAUUGUGGCUUCUCCUCGGUUUUCCCCAGCACGCACUGUCGUGCCUUCUCCUCGGCUUUCCCCGGCACGCACUGCCGUGCCUUCUCCUCGGGUUUCCCCGGCACGCACUGCCGUGCCUUCUCUUCGGGUUUCCUCGGCACGCACCGCCGUGCCUUCUCCUCGGGUUUCCCCGGUACGCACCGUCGUGCCCGCUCAGUCACCGGCUGCAAAUGUUGAGGAGACGGCAUCUCGGGAAAUUGCGGUCGCACCCAGCACCAACCCGAGCCAUUCGGGCUAUCAAACCCGAUCGAAGCGAAGAAGAGAAGCCGAAGCUGCACCGGGCCCUGCCGCCAAGCGUCUUGAGGCUGACCGCCCAGCACCGAAGGGGAAGGGAAAAGCCCCCGUGAAGCGACAGCCGAAGAAGCGAGCCGCUGUGGAUGAGGCUCCGGAAGCCAGCACAAGUCGGCCCCGAAAGACCGCGAAGGCCAGCCCAAAGGCCAAGCAGGAAGAGAAAGCCGACCGCCCACAAUCGAAGGUCAAGGGCAAAGCUCCGGCGAAACAGCAGACGAAGAAGAGCGCAGCCGUCGAUACGGCUUCACCGCAAGCCAGCACAAGUCGGUCGGGGAAGGCCACGGAGGCGAGCACGAAGGUCAAGCGGGGAGAAGAUCCGGCUCAGCCAAGGUUGGUUCGUCGGAAGGUGGGCCGUCCGGCGGGGAAAGGCAAGGGAGCCACCACCAAGAAGACUGUGGCCGAACCAAGCAGACCGAGUACCAGUCGAUCGGCCGAAAGCGCGGGAAACGGGGAGGGGACCUCAACUACUUUGCGGUACUCCACCCGAUCCAAAAGAAAACGGGGCCCUUAA